AGCUCGGCUCGGUCCUUGUUCUGAGGCGUGGGAUCCUAUCCAAGAGUUUUUUGUCUGUGCCCUACCCGCGCGCAUCUCUCCAUGGCGGCCGCGAGCUCGUGCAAGAGAUCCAUAUCGUCGGCCCGUUGCCCUAUUGGCGACGUUCGCCAUCGCGUGCAAGAGAUCCAUGCAAUAAUGGCCGAGCACGACGACUGGGGCCACAAGCGGGUGGCAAACUCUUUGGCGGACAAGCUGAAUGUGACUAUUGAGGAUACGGACAGACAGGCUGUCCUCGUCAUCAUGAAGAAGAAGAAGCUCGAGCAGGAGGGGCAGGCUCGGUUGAACAUGCGGGACUAUACCGACACGAUCAAGAAGUUCAUGUCAGAGAACCCGGACGCUGGUAAGAGCAGCAUCGGCUCUCUAUUGGCGCAACGGUUUGACAUCAAGUUGGCCCCCGCGGACUAUGCGGUUAUCGAACGCAUCAUGCGGGAGCUGCGGGAUGGGCGCGUCGCCAAGCAUACGUUGAUCCAGGACAGCCCAUCCAAGCCGCUGUACGAAGCAUGCAAGGACAUCACGCCGCACAAGCAGACUAUCGCGGAGUUGUGGGCCGAGAACCCCGGGCACGGUUACAAGGCUAUCGGCAAGGCGUUGGAGCACAAGUGCAAAGUGCGGCUAUCCGACGCAUGUUAUGGUGCAAUCCGGCGCAUGCUGGCAAAGCCAAAAGAGCAUCCAAUACUAUAGUAGUCACGCCACUGUGCUAUCCGACGUCCCGCCACUGAAGUUGAGACGUCUGUAGAGGCAGUCUGAUUUCUUCCUUACGUACCUUACCUAUGAUUCAUUGCUGUGCUAUCCUUU